GGCAGGUGAAUCCCAGGUGACAGGGCUCUGUCUGUGAUCUCUCCUCAGGAACAGGACAUUGAAACCCUACAUGGCUCCCUGCAUGUCACACUGUGUGGGACCCCCAAGGGCAAUCGUCCAGUCAUCCUCACUUACCACGACAUCGGCAUGAACCACAAGACCUGCUACAACCCGCUCUUCAACUCCGAGGACAUGCAGGAGAUCACACAACAUUUUGCUGUCUGCCAUGUGGAUGCCCCUGGCCAACAGGAUGGUGCCCCGUCCUUCCCAGCGGGGUACAUGUACCCCUCCAUGGAUCAGCUGGCUGAAAUGCUUCCUGGAGUCCUUCACCAGUUUGGGCUCAAGAGUGUCAUCGGCAUGGGGACAGGAGCUGGUGCCUACAUCCUGACCCGAUUUGCAGUAAGUUCUUCUACAGUUUGUAAGACCACAUUGAGGAAAAAAUUAUUUAGGGGCUGGGGAGCAAGCUCAGUAGGAGCUAUGCAGGCACAGAGACUUGAGGACCGGAGUUCGAAUCCCCAGAAUCCACUUGGAAGAUAGGCAUGGCUGCAGGUA